UGAAAAUAAAACACAUACUGUACUUUGUGAAAUUAAAAAGCUAGGCUUUAUCAAUCGUGUCUAUCAUAAAGUUUGCAACAGCGAGUUUUUGAUAAACCAAAAAAAUGCGCAGUUGCCUUGCUGAAAUGCAGCCCGACCAACCAUCUGUGUCAAGCAGACAUUGGCAUCACGGUUGUUUUCUUUCAAACGUAAACACUUCCGGCAGCGUUUUUCCAGCGUCUUCAGGCUUUUGUUUUAUUUUGUUGAUUAAGAUAUUCAUGGAAGAAAUGUAGGAGUGUGCCCGAAGUCCAUGUUAAAGGUUAUGUCUAUUGUUGUACAUUGUCAACAGUGCCGCACAAAUAGGAAGGUAAAAAAUACGUGUAGCCUAAAUUGUGAUAAAUCCAAAUUAAUCUCAAAACACCUUUAGGCGAAAUGUCAUUCUUGACAGAUAGCUGUCAUUAUCACGUUAUUAAUUCAGCAAGAAUAGUGUCACUCUGGUGUUUGGGAGGAUCACGUGAGCAUCUACCUGUCUGCAAUCUAACCUGAGGUGCCGGGUCUUGUACAGUUACAGUUUAGUGCAGCCUACCACCAAAAUGAGUGGGCUCUUGCAAGUCCCCACAUUAUCAAUGUAAUACAUUACUAGUAGUCUUGAUCUCUGGUAGUUGGAGCUGUUAGUGUUUCCAAUACUUAUGUUACAUUUCAGUCAAUUGCACUACACUAGCCAAACGACUGCAUUAUACUGUAGUUGGGCAAGCUGUCUCAGAAAAACCACUCUAGUCAUUAUGUAACCAGGGCCGGCUUGCAACAUAAGCGGUUGCUUAGGGCCCUCAGCCACUUUUUUUUAGGGACUGUGGUUGGCAAUUUACUGUUGAGAGUUAGAAUAGUAGAAUACACAAGGUGCAUGUUCGAAAUGUGGUUUUGAAUCAGCAGUUUUUGUCAGUCAUUCAAUAAGCCAAGCAGCUAACAAUUUUUAGAUUGGUAAAUUAGCCUAGCCAGUAAUCUAAACUUGUGGUAAUCAUGUCCGAAUAUCGACCAGGUACAUGCCCAGGGGCCCUGACCUGCAGGGGGCCCUCAUUGAUUUAGCUAGUCACUCUCACUCAGAUGUCAUGGCAUAUGUCAUGGAAAAAUGUGUAGAAUUGCAGGAAAUUUGCUUUAAAACUGCAAAAAUCUCUGCCCCAUUGCAAACCGAAUAGAAUUGCAUAACAUUUGUUAUAAAAUUGGUCAAUUUUCUCUCCGCCCCAAUGGCAAAAUAUGUAGAAUUGCAGGAAAUUAACUUAAAAAUGUAAAUGUUUCUCUCUGCUAUAAAGAGGGGAGGCCACUUAUUUUUGCCCACUUGGUCGGGGCCCUCCAACAAAAUCUUGCUUAGGACCCCCAAAAGGCUAGAGCCGGCCCUGUAUAUAACACUAUUACACUAACCAUAUUUCAUCCCCAUUUGAAUGAAUUAUUGUUCUGAAACAAUUCUCAUGUGGCUCUCAAUGUUGUUCAUCUCAGUCAACCAGCGUUAUUCAUUAUGUGUGAUGUAUGUAGCAGAGCAAUGUGCAAGUGGCAAUAAUUGUAGUGCCCUACAAACCUAUACAUGGGUUAGACCGAGACAGUAGAAACUGCUGAUCAUCCGGUCAGACUGAAAUAGCUUCUAGCGGUGAGGUGGGAGUCAUCCGGUGUGAAGUCGUAAUCCGCUGCUGUCCAGGUUUGGAGGCUAAACAAUGCAUUAAAUUACGAGAGCAGCAACAAGCCAGGUACACAGAGCCUAAUUUUCCCAUCACCCCACCAUGGAUAACCUAGAGGAGGACCUGACAUGUUCUGUGUGCUAUUCCCUCUUUGCUGAUCCUCGGGUCCUGCCCUGCUCCCACACCUUCUGUAAGUCCUGCCUGGACAACGUACUCCAAGUCUCUGCCGUCUAUUCAAUCUGGCGUCCGCUGCGGCUCCCACUCAAGUGCCCCAACUGCCGCAGUGUGGUAGAGCUCCCGCCAACAGGUGUUGAUGCAUUGCCCAUAAAUGUCUCCCUCCGCGCCAUCAUUGAGAAGUUCCAGAAGGACAGCCAACCACAGCCCCCCUCCUGCCCUGAGCACCACCGACAGCCCCUCAACAUCUACUGUGUCCAGGACCGCCAGCUCAUUUGUGGCUUCUGCCUAACAGUGGGCCAGCACCAGGGACACCCCAUCGAUGACCUGCAGGCAGCCUUCGUCAGGGAAAGGCAGGCACCCGCUCACCUACUGGGGAGGCUCUCAGACCACCGCUGGGCAGAGGUGUGUGAGCUGGGGGAGCAGCUGGAGCAGGAGAAGGCCAGCUGUGAGGGCCUAGUGAGGCAGGACCGGCAGGCCGUGGAACAGUACUUCCAAGGGCUGGAGCUGGUGCUUGCCAGGAAGAAAGAGGCAUUCAUGGUGGCCCUGGACACCGCAAGCAUGGAGGUGUCGCUGGCCUACGAUCCACUCAUCCAGAGGCUGAAGGAGCUGCAGGAGGAGCAGCUGGACUUGUUGUCUCUGUGCUCAGCUGUGGAGGAUGAAGACUCCCCCCUGGUCUUCCUGGAGAAGGUGUAUCUGUUCCGGGAGAGGGUGGAGGCACUGGUCAAUGCCACCCUGCCCGAAGUCACAUCCCUCGCUAUCACCCCCCGUGCUGCUGAGUACCUGGAGCAGCACUGGGUGGGGGUGACCAUCGGAGGGCUGGAGGAAGGGCCGGUGCCUCGGGUCUGCUGCUGUGCCAAGCCCACAAUUCUAGAGACGGUUCUUAGGACAGAGGCAGGGAGUCAACCUGGAGGCUGGUUCCAUGAUCUGUGGCAGCAGCUCCAUCCCACUCCCCCUGUGGUGCUCCUGGGGCUGCUGCUGCUCCUGGCGGCAGUGUGGGUGAAUCCUGUUGGUGGAGCAUCUCUGGGAUUCUCCUUGCUGUCCCAGCUCAGUCAGAUGGUGCACGGCCUGAGUAGCGAACUGACCACCUCACUAUGGGAGACAACAGGCUUCCUGUAUGCACAGACAGGGGAGGUGGUGUGGAGGUACAGCUCUGCCCUGUCCACACUGGGGGAGAACACCUACCAGCAGCUGGCAUCCCUCUACAAGAUCCUCAGCUCCUGACUCUUCACUUCAGGAAGGACCCCAGCUCCUUGUGAUGUAAGGUCUUAAUGUCACCUGUUACACUCCUUUGGUUGGGAAUUGACACCAACUGUGCCUAGCGAUUGGAACUUUCCUGAUGCAGCAGGAUACAGUUGACAGAAAAACACAGGCGUUAUUUCUGGGACUAACCCUGACCCCAGCUAAAGCUUAUCACAGGAAAAUGAAAAACCAUGAUAUGCAUUCAGAAGAUUGAGACAGUUAUUUACAUUUAUCAUUUAGCCGACGCGCUUAUCCAGAGCGACUUACAGUAGCAAGUGCAUACAUUUUCAUUCGUACUGGUCCCCCCAUGGGAAUUGAAUCCACAACCCUGGCAUUGCAAGUGCCAUGUUCUACCAACUGAGCCAGGCAGGUUUAUAUAUAUAACCAUGAGCCUUAAAAAUACUUAAACCAAUAUGCCUUAACAAAUGUAACAUUUUCAUAACCUUAUGAACAGCUUUUAAGACAUUCUAUAGCUGUACAUGCACUAUACUGUAAUAAAUACUACAGGACUUACAUUUGCUAUAUAGCCUUCUGUAACUACAAUGUGUGUACUUCAAAAGGUCUUACAAUAAAUCAUCUUGUGAUACCUGUCAGAAUUAAAUAAAAAUGGGAGGACGGGAUAAGUCUCCAUCUCAGGA